AUGAGACAGGGAAACACAAAAGCAAAGGGGCAGAAGAGGGCCCAGGACGAGGAGUCGGCCAGAAUCCACCUGUUCAUGGCAGCAGUGGACGAGAAGAUCCAUUCGCCCCAGUUUGUGGAGGAGAUCCACGCCAAGUUCAUAGCAGCUCGGAAUACGACAGGUGGGUGCAACGAGAGCGAGUCUCUUUCGACUCACAGGAGUCUCUGCAUACGGAAACUCCACAAAUACAUCGACUACUUCCUGUCAGCUGGACCAUUCACUGAGAGCGAGCAUGCGCUAUUCACCCGAACAGUUGAGCUGAUGAACGGCUACUACCACGAGAUGAUCAACAGCAGAAGGAGUGACAUCGUCUAUCCAGCUAGGAAUACGCCUGUCUACAGCCUGUUCUUCAACAGGGGAAUGAAAAUCAAGAACAUUCUUCUGACCAGGAGGCAGAAGUAG